AACGAGGAUCAGAACCUCGGCGUGGAGAUCGUCCGCCGUGCCCUGCGCAUGCCCUGCAUGACCAUUGCCAAGAACGCCGGCGUGGAUGGCGCCAUGGUGGUGGCCAAGGUGGAGACCCAGAGCGGCGACUACGGCUACGAUGCGCUGAAGGGCGAGUACGGCAACCUGAUCGAGAAGGGCAUCAUCGAUCCCACCAAGGUGGUGCGCACCGCCAUCACGGACGCCUCGGGCGUGGCCUCUCUGCUGACCACCGCCGAGGCUGUGGUGACCGAGAUCCCCAAGGAGGAUGGCCCCGCCGGCGGCAUGCCGGGCAUGGGUGGUAUGGGCGGCAUGGGAGGCAUGGGCGGCAUGGGUGGCAUGAUGUAAGCCGGCACCCCACCUCCUCCGCAUACACUCACACACAGACACAGAGAGAUGACGGAUCGGCGCUAGUGGGCUGUAGCUACAUGGCUUAGAUGGAAGGGAACGACGACGCCGGCGAACGCAGAUCAUCAUCUUCAUCACCACCACGAACACCAGUCGCAGUCAGCGGUCGCGGCGAGACCACCAAUAUCUCUUACGUCGGUG